AUGAGCUUGCUACCACCAGAAGAUGAAGGAGAUGGAGUGGAGGUAGCUUGGGAGGACCAACAGCGUAUAAAUACAUUCUCAAAGCUCAACAAUCGAUUGACAGAUAUCCAAGAUCUCCUCAAACAGAAAAACGAAGAGAAAGAGUACUAUGACGACUUAUCAAUGGAAUUAGAGCUGGCCGAUUCAGAUUCCGAACCUAUACUAUACAAAUUAGGAGAUUCGUUCUUCCAUUUGUCGUUGAGAGAUGCAAGGAAACAGUUGAAAUCGGAUUUGAAGAGGUAUGAAAGUGAGAUUGAGGGGUUGGAAAGUAAGAAGAAUGAUUGUGAAUCCGGGAUGAAGGAUUUGAAAGUUCAAUUAUACGCAAAGUUCGGUAAACAGAUCAACCUUGAGACUGGACCUUAG